AUGGCAGCAGAAGGGGCAGAGAAUGAAUCAGACAUAGAUGAACUGACCAGCAGAAGAGAUGACAUCUCACUGCAAGGUAUGAUGACUACCACCACAGCCACAAAAGAAGCAGGAGAAGAAGGAGGUGUGGCAAUGAAAGCAGUGCUCCCGCGGCUCAUUGAUACUACUGUCUUCAUCUUCAACCUGGCUUUCUUGGCGGCCAUGGAGGCCGCCGCCGCACCAUGA